AUGAUGUGCCUGGAGAGCGGCGGCUCCGCGGCCGGCAGCCCGGGCUGCGGCGGGCGGCUCCGAGCGGGGGACGAGGAGGAGGAGGAGGAGGGCGAGCGGGGCUGCUGCGGCCGGAGCGCCGAGGGCGAGGUGCAGACCCUGUCGGGCAGCAUGAGCCCCCCGCCCGCGGGCAAGAGCCCCGAGCGCCUGGCCCCCCGCCACAAGCCGCCCAGCCUGGGCAGGGCCCGGGUAGCGGCCGCCGGCAUCCUCAGCGUGGGCAACGUGCUCAACUACCUGGACAGGUACACGGUGGCAGGUGUAUUGCUAGACAUCCAGCAGCAUUUUGGAGUUAAAGACAGUGGGGCUGGCUUGCUACAGACAGUUUUCAUCUGUAGUUUCAUGGUGGCAGCACCUAUAUUUGGUUACCUUGGCGACCGCUUCAAUAGGAAGAUCAUUCUCAGCUGCGGGAUCUUCUUCUGGUCAGCUAUCACCUUUUCAAGCUCCUUCAUCACUGAGCAGUAUUUCUGGCUCCUCGUCCUCUCACGAGGUUUGGUUGGCAUCGGUGAAGCCAGUUAUUCCACCAUCGCUCCCACCAUCAUAGGAGACCUUUUCACCAAAAACACCAGAACCCUCAUGCUGUCUGUCUUCUACUUUGCAAUCCCUCUUGGCAGUGGUUUGGGAUACAUCACUGGAUCAAGCGUGAAGCAAGUAGCAGGAGACUGGCAUUGGGCGUUGCGGGUAUCUCCACUCCUAGGCAUGAUAACAGGGACACUCAUCUUGAUAUUUGUACCUGCUGCUAAAAGAGGCAAUGUGGAACAGCUGGGGGGACAGCUGAAGGCUCGGACCUCGUGGCUAAGAGACAUGAAGGCACUGAUCAGAAACCGCAGCUAUGUGUUCUCGUCGCUGGCCACCUCAGCUGUCUCCUUUGCCACAGGGGCGCUGGGCAUGUGGAUCCCCCUCUACCUUCACAGGGCACAAGUUGUGCAGAAAACUGUUGAGACCUGCAGUUCGGAGCCCUGCGGCACCAAGGACAGUUUGAUCUUCGGAGCAAUCACGUGCUUCACUGGUUUUCUGGGCGUGAUCACAGGGGCUGGGGCAACCAAAUGGUGCCGGUUAAAAACCCAGCGAGCUGACCCCCUGGUCUGUGCCGUCGGCAUGUUAGGGUCGGCCAUCUUCAUCUGUCUGAUCUUCGUUGCUGCCAAGAGCAGCAUUGUGGGAGCCUAUAUUUGCAUUUUUAUCGGAGAAACUCUUCUGUUUUCAAACUGGGCAAUCACAGCUGACAUACUAAUGUAUGUGGUUAUCCCGACACGACGCGCGACUGCAGUGGCCUUGCAGAGCUUCACUUCGCACCUACUGGGAGAUGCUGGCAGCCCCUACCUGAUUGGAUUCAUCUCAGACCUGAUACAACAAAGCACAAAGGAGUCCCCGCUCUGGGAGUUCCUCAGCCUGGGCUACGCGCUCAUGCUCUGCCCAUUUGUCGUCGUCCUCGGAGGGAUGUUUUUCCUGGCCACGGCCCUCUUCUUUCUAAAUGACCGCACCAAAGCUGAACAACAGGUGAAUCAACUGAUGAUGCCACCAGCCUCUGUGAAAGUCUGAGACGUUGACAUUAUGGAUGAUGAAGGAAACGCUGUGUGGACUCCAGCUCCCACAACCACCACUCCAACCUCCUGCUAGGAAACCCCAGUACUGGACAUAAGCAAAAGUUCCAGCUCCGGGAUGCAUUUGGAGUCUUAUCGAGUGCUAAACUAAUCACUUCACUCUAACCAGCUGCAGGGUCAGGGUCAAAGAAAUGAAUGGGGAUGGCCUAGAUAUCAGGGCUCCUAAGCCUAAGGAUAUUGUAGGGUUUCCCCACAUUGCUGAGUGUCCGAAGAGCCCACAACCACACUACCCUUGUGCGUGACUGUACAGUGUGCAUACAGUUUUAGGUUUAGCCAGUGAAGAAGUCUACGUUGCAUACAGGGCAACUUCUGUCCUAUUAAAUGCUGCCAGUUCUGUCAGCCAGAGACUAUGCUAGCUGGGGACUUUUUCUGUACAUCACAGCUUUACAAAUUGAAGGCUCAACCCAGAUUUCUUUAAUUAUUAUUUAAACAAGUCAGAGGAUGCUUUAUCUUCAUGAAAGACAUAAAAUAGAGAUUUGAUAGAGUUGUAUUUAAACUUUGAGCAUCUCGAAAGGCCCAUGCACCUGUAUUGGAUGCGAAAGCUUCCACGGUGUUGCCGCAUCUAUCCCCAAGAGGGCUCCAAGGGACCAUUCAGAAAGUAUGGCACAGACCUUCAAGCAACGGCAUCCUGCUUAAGGGAGUACCGGAGGAGCUGGGAGGAGGAGAAAUUUCUCCCUGCACAAGGUGUUCUUUGGGAUUGUUACAGAAGAGCCAGGAAAACUACGGUCAGUGAUAUCUGGUGGCUUCCAGUUUUGUUUAACACACAGUUUCAGUUCCAGGUAGAAGGAGGUUUGCAGAAUACCAAAAUCCAGAGAUUAAUUGCUUGAUGUGGAGUCUGGUAUUGCUGUCUUGAUGUGCCAGUAAUGGUCCGUCUUUGUUUACAUGCAUAUAAUGUUCAUCAUUAGGCAUGUUGCAAAUACUCAUAAUUUUUUCCAGUAUUUUCAGGCACAUUUAUGAUGUUAUAAAGCUUUGUUUCUGCCCAGCAACUGCAUUUAUAGAAGGGUUUUUAGAUUCAAUGCACACCCCAUUUCCCCUCCCCACCGUCCUACUGUUCUGGUUUGCUCCCUCCUACAGGAGUGACUAUAUUACUUAAGUUCAAUUUGAUCUUUACAGAAAUGCGACUGGGAUUUUCUUUUUAAUACACUAGUCUACUGGUCUAAACUGAGUUAGUAAGAAGUGAGCCUCUCUUAGCUGAUUUUGUUUCUAAUCAGUCAGAUAAUUUUUGUUUAACCAAGGGGUCUUGUUUCUUGCGGUUGACAUUCAAGUAUAAAAUUUAUACUAUGCCAGCAUGGAACAUAUUACAACUGAGAGCAAUGAAGUGCUAACAGCACCAGAAAAAUGAUAUCAGAUUGCCAAAUCACCACCUUUUUCUGUUUUUUUCCCCAAACUGUUAGGGCUUAUACUUUUCUCUGAAUUUACCUACAUAUCACUGUAAAAUGUAUGUAGGCCUCAGACCUUUUCAGCCAGCCCAGCAGAACGCUCUUCCUUUCAAACUCUGGCCAGGGCUGGAUUGGAAACAAUACUAAAUUAGCAAAGGCAUUACCAACCCUGGGAUGGUUUUAAUCAUCUCAAAAACACUGAUUAGUUUAGCCAGUUAAUCAGUGGCUCCAAUGACAGCAUAAUGUCUCCAUCCUUUCAAGCAUCACUGCAGUGACUGCAUAUCUGACACCUGCAUUAAGUAAUCAGAGUCCACCCCAAUUUAAAAUGCUUCAGGUCUUUUUACUUCCACACUCUACAUUGAAGGAAGGCAGCUGUGCUCUGCAGUGAAAACACACAAGAGGGCAGAUACUUCCAGUUACCAGCAGCCUGGACAAAAACAGCCACAUUAACAAUAUUUCUUUUAAAAACCAGAGAUAGCUGUUGUUAAUCCCCUUGGAAUUAAUGAGACCAGCUCUUAACUGUAGUUGGGGCUAGGAGGUGGUUUAUCUGGGAUAACCUACCAAAGGAAUGAGAGCAGUACAAGCCCUUCACGCUGGCUAACAGUAACGCUAGAGAAACUAGCAUGGCCUUGGUUACCUUAAAUGGAUAGGUGAGUGACCCUACAUGUGUGCUAAAACAAAUCUCACGAGACUUUUUUUAAUUUCUUCUAAACUGUGCCAAUAAGGUUUAAAUGGCUGUUAUGGACGUGCCCUAUAGAAUUCUCUAGCAAAACCUAUUUGUUUCCUCCC